AUGACCUCCGCAAAAUUGAUUAGCCCCUCGUCCAUCGGACAUUUCGGCAUUCGAACCCCCCCGGAGAAAUUCGACUCCAUGGUGAGGUGGCACCUUGACUUCUUCGGGGGGCGCAUUGUACUCCAGAAUGAUAAAGCAGCCUUCAUCGCCUUUGACCAUGAGCAUCACCGGCUCGUCAUCGUGAAGGAUCCUGGUCACGGCGUCGUCACGGAAAAGCACGCGGCGAGGGGUAUCUAUCACAUUGCCUUUACUCUCGAUAGCCUUGCUUCUUUGGCUGAGAAGUACGAGCAGAACCGAGCACUGGGCAUGCUUCCAAGUUGGCCCGUCAAUCAUGGCAUGAGCACUAGCAUGUAUUACCACGACCCGGAUGGCAAUGAGUUUGAGCUGCAGGUGGAUAACUUCGAUACGGCUGACCAGGCCGUAGCUUUCAUGAUGACGGAGGAGUACGCACAGAACCCUAUAGGUGUAGACAUCGACGUUGACGAGUGGCUCAACAGGGUGAAGAGUGGUGAAGACGAAGCAGCCAUCAAGAAAAGGCCUGUUAUUGGUCAGCGUCUAUCGCGGUGGGAGAACUCAAUCUACUUCAAGGCACCGGAGGACGCUUAG